GGAAGUAAAAAAUGGAAAACAGCGCGCUUGUUUGAAAUGGAAAAGCGUCUCGGUAGCUAUUGACAACAGUGUGAUUCACUCAAAGUUUGCAUUUCGUCUUCUUAUAUUUUGUAGACAGCAAUACAUACCCUAUAUGCACGGAUAAAUAUACAGUUGUCCUUUAGGAUACGUUUGUUUACCGUCCACGAUYAUGCUGUUCAAUGCAUGUAACGUUAACGUUCAACUUAGCCAGCUGCUAGCUGCUAACGUUAGCUCUUCCUACUUUGCUUUGUAACGUUAGCUACUCUCUCCGACCGAGAAAGUUGUCAACACCCAAGCUCUAUGAUGGCUACUAGAGACAGCAGCCGCAUCAUGCUGCUGAAUGAAGAAGUGAGGAGUUUAUCUGAGGAGUUAGUGACAUGCCAGGCUGACAAGGAGUUUGUGUGGUCCCUAUGGAAACGCCUCCAAGUGGCCAAUCCGGACCUGACCCAGGCCGUCAGUCUAGUGGUCGAACGAGAGAAAUGGAAAGCUGAAGCCAAGGACCGCAAGGUGCUGGAGAUCCUGCAMGCCAAAGACUACAAGAUCCAGGAGCUGGACCAG